AUGCCUAGCUCUAUUCUCGAAUCAUUUUCCCUGCAAGAUAAAACUGUGGUUAUCACGGGUGCUACAGGAGGAAUUGGGCUGGAGAUUUCCAUAGCCCUGGCAGAGGCAGGUGCCAACAUUAUCUCUAUCGAGAUACCCCGAGAUCCGUCGAGCCUAGAGCUACGUCGUGCCAUCGAGGCAACGAACCAUCAUAUCACUGUAUUUGAGUGCAAUCUCAAAGAUCAACAGUCUAUCCAUGACACCUUUGCUGCCAUAUGGAAGUCGGGCGACCUGGAUGAUGUGAUGUCUAUCAAUUUUCGAGGGACCUAUCUGUGCAUUCAAGAAUUUGGAAGAGAGCUGCUUCGCUUGAAGCGGCCGGGGAAGAUCAUCAACUUUGCUUCCAUCGCUUCUUUUCUUGCUCAGACAAAUAUUUCUGCAUAUUGCAGUAGCAAGGCUGCUGUGCAGAAUCUGACAAGAGCCGUUAGUAACGAGUGGGCUGGCCGGGGUAUAACGUGUAACGCAAUAUGUCCAGGUUUCAUUCAUACCAAGAUGUGCGAGGAUCUGUACAACAAUGAGGAAUUCUCCGCCAGGGUUGUAGCGAGAACAUCCAUGGGCCGAUGGGGAGAGCCACAGGACUUGCGCGGCCUAGCUGUCUUCCUUGCAAGCCGUGCGAGUGAUUUCAUAACGGGGGAGAGCAUCUACAUUGACGGAGGCAUCAUGGGUCGGUAG